CAAGCCCUUCAGCUAGCCACAUGCAUCUCAAUGUGGUAGGCGGGCCACAGCCUGCCUCGCAUGGUGACAUUCCCCCUCUUAAAAGAAAAUACUAAUUGUGCGCCUUCCUGGGGACUUAAUGCUCUUAGAGCAUUAGGUUAUUCUAACAAUUAUCCCUAUAUAUAUCGACAUUAUAAAAUAUAGCUAGAUACUGCUAAAUUUACAAAUAUGGCUGACAUUGCUCGAAACGCAGCGGAACAAAGGACUGGAAUGGCUAGUUGCGAGUCGUGGAAAAAGGCAUACAUGCAACACCAUGAAAAUCUAGUUACACUUGUCUCGCCGAGAUGGGCUAUAGGAGACUUUAUAAUCCGGCUGGUAUAUAAAAUGUAUGGGAAAACACCAUCGGUACCAGGCAGAGGAUUGGGGUUUCGCGCUAGCUUCGCCGAAAUGCAAAGGAUAUAUAUGAAAGCUCUACAGAUCGACCUUAUUGAUAUCGGUGUACAGCUGAGAUUUGACCAGACGAGACAGAACACAGUGAAUUGGGACGCCACGCGGGGGAGGUUAAAUGAUAUGGAAUCAAAGCUGAAGAUGUACAUACAAGCUGUUCGCGACUACGAAUACAUGACUGAUGCUACGCAAAAACGAUACGAUAUGUUCAUCGCCUCAUCCGAGCGAUACCAAGACGGCGUGCACCUGGUCGCCUCGAUAGUCAAGGCCGAAAAAAGAAUUAAAGAUUUCAAAGAAAUAGAACAGAAACAUCCAUUACCUACUGGUCCUUGGGAGAAAGACCCCCAAGACGGAGAACCCGUUCCUAUCGGAGGGACUCGGAACGCCGGUGUCCAAAGUCUGUUGCGACGGGCGCUCAUAGUGCGGAUCGGUCUAGCAUUACUAGGCUCCGCAUUCUUGGUUGGACCAAUAUGGUAAAGAGGGACCUAAUCUUUGACUUGGGGGCUUCAACGGUAGCUAUAACAAUCUUCGGGUUACUCCUUGCGCUCGUUGUCGAUAAAGGAGACCAGGUCUUUGCGGGUACACUUGCUUAUGCAGCUGUACUUAUGGUAUUUGUAGGGGUUAUCAUUCAGCAGGAACCGCCUAAUUAGACAAUACCUAUAUUCUUUCGUGGCGUUGUUACUACAAGUAUCACGGCCUACUUGUCUAUAUUAGACGGACCCGGGGUGAUGGUGCAAUCGCUUCCAACCAUUAGAAUUUAUUAUUGCAAAUUCAUUUGAGAGGAUCUUACUUUGGCAGCUUUUGAUUGCUCUUUUUGUCCCAAUGGCCGAGUACAUG